GCUUUCUCUGGCCACCAAACCUGACGCCAGGGGCCGGAACUUAAGUUCCCACCGCGCUGCAAGGCAAGAGGAAGAAGAGGACGACUGAGGGCUGCAGAGGAAACCAGAAGAAAAAGUAAAAACUACCUGCUCACCAGCGAGGUGAGAGAGUGCCCAGGAAGCCAGAACCAUGCAAUUUUCCAGCCUAGCCAGAACAGUGGAUGAGAAUGUGGACUAUUUGUUCAAGGUCAUCCUUAUUGGGGACUCCAAUGUGGGGAAGACCUGUGUGGUUCAGCAUUUCAAAUCUGGAGUUUACAGUGAGUCACAGCAGAACACCAUUGGGGUGGACUUCACCGUGCGCUCCCUCGAGAUCGAUGGCAAGAAAGUGAAGAUGCAGGUGUGGGACACAGCAGGCCAGGAGCGCUUCCGUACCAUCACCCAAAGCUACUACCGGAGUGCCCACGCAGCCAUCAUCGCCUAUGACCUCACACGGCGGUCCACAUUCGAAUCUGUCCCUCACUGGAUCCAUGAGAUAGAAAAAUAUGGAGCCGCCAACUUGGUCAUCAUGCUGAUCGGGAACAAAUCAGACCUGUGGGAGAAUCGGCAUGUCCUGUUUGAGGAUGCCUGCACACUGGCCGAGAAGUAUGGCCUCCUGGCUGUCUUGGAGACGUCUGCCAAGGAGUCCAGGAACAUAGAUGAAGUCUUUGUGCUCAUGGCGAAGGAGUUAAUUGCCCGCAACAGCCUGCACCUGUACGGGGAGAGUGCCCAACAAGGUUUUUCCCAGGAUUCCAGCCCAGUUCUUGUGGCUCAUGUCCCCAGUGAGAGCACCCGCUGUACUUGCUGAACAUGGGUAGGAGGCCAGCACAAAAGCCAGGGUAUCCAGAUGCCAGUGUCUCCCAGUAGCAUUGCUGGCUGAACCUUACCCCUAGCCUGAGGGGCAGCACAGACUCUUGAGGAAAGGAGACACCACUGUCCUCCAGAACUCAUAUUGAAAUGAAGACUUCAGGCCCUGGAGGAAGAGGGUUGGGAUGGAUUUUCCUCAUACUGGUCUCUGUCUCCCCCAAAUCCAGCUGUUUUAUAGUGGAGUUUGCUUCUCUGUUGUACAAAGACAGUAGUUAAGUGUGGGGAUCAGGAAGAUGCAGAGAGGAUAUUUGGAACAUUCUAGAUUUGGAAACAGUUCAGGCACGGUUGGGGAAGGCCUGUACAAUGAAAAGCCAGCCUGCUUCCCAACAGUUACAGCCAGGUCUUCUUCCUGAGGAGCAAGGCCUGUUGACCCAGAAGCCAGAAAUGCCUUCUUGACGAAUGGUCAGGAACCAGGAGGCAGAUGCAACUGGCUUACCCUCUGUCAAUCUGUUUGACCACAAGGAUGGAAGAAAUGCCUACCACGAAUUCCUAAAACAUCAAAUUAUCUUCUGUACAGAAGUCAGUCCUGUGUUGAAAUUAAAUCAUCUUUACAUGAUUA